AUUAAAUGUAACAGGGUGAAGCGAAUAUAGCAGAGAAGAGAUAAAUGAGAAGAGCAAGAACUAAUUUUGAAGAUGAAACGUAAUAAUGAAGUUUAUUAAUAUAAGAGAAGAAGCAAUGAAUGAAAAAAUGACCUGUUAUGAAAGUGUUUUAAAUUGUUUUGGAUCAUUUUUUGGAACUUUAAGAGCAUGGUUACCAUGUUGUUGUUUUUGUUGUCCAUAUCCUUAUUAUGAAAUAACAUAAGGAUAAAAAGGAUUAUUAUAAAAAUUUGGAAAAUAUUAAAGAACUUUAGAGCCUGGGCUUCAUGAAUUCAAUCCGUAAUUUAAUUAAUAUUAUAAUAUAAUUAGUUUCACUGAUAGAGUUAUUCCUGUUAGUACAAAGACAUUGUAAGAUCAUUCAAAUUAUUAGAUAGUAUUAUUGAUUUAGAGAGAUAAUUGAUCUUGACUAAAGAUAAUAUCACUGUUAAUAUUGAUACUAUUGUAUAUUAUAGAGUAGUGGAUGUAUGCAGAUCAGCUUAUAGAGUUAAAAAAAUAGUUGAAGCUGUUAAAGAAAUAACAUAUGCUGUAAUAAUAUAAUUUAUUAAUUUUAAGACUCUUAGAACUGUUGCAGGUGAACAUACAUUAUAAGAUAUCAUUGAAAAUAGAUAGAAGAUUGCAGAUGAAAUCGAAGGAUUUGUAUUUGAUGUUGUCUCAGAAUGGGGUAUCAUAUUAUUAUUAAAUAUUUAUAGGAAUAUUUUUAGAACAUGUUUUCAUUAAAGAUAUGUAAAUGGGAGAAGAUUUAUAAGCAUCACUUUCUAAUGCUCCUAAAGCUUAAAGAUUAGCUUAAUCCAAAAUUAUAUCAGCUAAAGUAAUAUUUAUUUAUACAUUAGAGUGAUGUAGAAGCUGCUAAACUUAUGAGAGAAGCUGCUGAUAUGUUAGAUUCUAAAGCAGCUAUGUAAAUUAGAUAUUUUGAAACUAUUUAACUUAUUGCAAAAAACAGAAAUCCAAAAAUUCUAUUUCUAUCUAUGGAUUAAAAUUAAAAAAAAUGA